GCCAGCAGCGAGCAGCAAGUGGAUGCGCGACCGUGGCACACACCCGCACACGCACCCGCACACACACGCACACGCAGAGCCGGCAGCAGGCAGCGGGCGGGCAGCGCCGAACACCGCGAGGCUCCCGGCUCCCCCCCGCCGCCGCAUGCCGGCCCCGGCCGCUCCGCCGCCCCCCGCGGCCCCCGCACCCCGCGCCUCGCCGCCUCCCGCCGCCGCCGCCGUCUGAUGAGCUCCGCCGAGCCUCGCCGCCAUGUACCUCGACCCGGAGGCUGCGAGCGCAGGGGUUCCCUCCCGCGAUGUCAUCCUCGUCUCAGCCAUCAUCACCGUCAGCCUUAGCGUCACCAUCGUACUGUGUGGCAUCUGCCAGUGGUGCCAGCGCAGACUGGGAAAACGGUACAAGACAUCCCUGGAGACUGUGGGCACACCAGAUUCCAGCCGAGGCCGCAGUGAGAAGAAAACUAUCAACGAUCUAGACAGAGACUUUUGGAAUAACAAUGACAACACAGUGCAGCAGAAAUGGAGCUCGUACCCUCCCAAGGAGUUUAUUCUAAACAUUUCACCUUACGCCCCAUACGGUGACCCGCGCCUUUCCCUCAAUGGCUCUCUGUUAUCAGGGGCUAAGCUGACGGCGUCGGCCACCGCAGGCUUGGCCGGGGACCGCGACGGCCGCCCCGGGGACAAGCAGCAGUGCGCCGAGGACGGCCUGAGGAGCAGCAUCUCUGCGCACAGCGAGCCCGGCGCAGGGAAGGCAGCGAGGGGUCGCUGGCACACGGUGCAGAGCCACUUGGCCGCAGGGAAGCUCAGCCUGUCCAAUUUCGAGGACUCCACCCUGUCCACAGCCACUACCCUUGAGUAUAUCCCCACCUCAGCAGGCGAUCCCAAAUGCCAGAGGCCCCGCACGCUCAUGCGCCAGCAAAGCCUGCAGCAGCCCCUCAGCCAGCACCAGCGCAGCAACCACAGCCAGCCGACCACCAGCCAGAGCCUGGGCCACCUCCAGGCCCACAGCAGCUCCUCCGGCAGCACCGGCAACCCCCGGGGCUCCCGCGGUGGCCAAGUGCGCCAGGGCAUCGCUGCCGGCUCCAAGCAGCGCACGAGCCGCUCCAACCCCGGCAGCUGGGACCACGUGGUGGGGCAAAUCCGCAACCGUGGCUUGGACAUGAAGUCCUUCCUGGAAGGCCGGAUGGUGGUGUUAUCCCUGGUUUUGGGACUCUCAGAGCAAGAUGACUUUGCCAAUAUCCCCGACCUGCAACCCGCUGGGACGCAGCCGAACCAGCCGAACGCUCAGGGGGACAAGAGGUUGCCAGCUGGUGGCAAGGCAGUGAACACAGCACCUGUGCCUGGGCAGACACAGCAGGAUGAGUCCGAUCGCAAGACGGAGCCGCACUCCUCUGUCUCCGACCUGGUGAACUCCCUGACCAGUGAGAUGCUUAUGCUUUCUCCAGGCUCCGAGGAUGACGAAGGCCAUGACGGCUCCAGCCGGGAGAACCUGGGCCGCAUCCAGUUCAGCGUGGGCUACAAUUUCCAGGAGUCCACCCUGACUGUCAAGAUCAUGAAGGCGCAGGAGCUGCCAGCCAAGGACUUCAGCGGCACCAGUGACCCCUUUGUCAAGAUCUACCUGCUACCCGACAAGAAGCACAAGCUGGAAACCAAGGUGAAGCGGAAGAACCUCAACCCGCACUGGAAUGAGACUUUCCUCUUUGAAGGGUUCCCCUACGAGAAAGUGGUGCAGCGGGUGCUGUACCUUCAGGUCCUGGACUAUGACCGCUUCAGCCGUAACGACCCCAUUGGGGAGGUGUCCAUCCCCCUCAACAAGGUGGACCUCACCCAGAUGCAGACCUUCUGGAAGGACCUGAAGCCCUGCAGUGAUGGCAGCGGCAGCCGAGGGGAGCUCCUGCUGUCACUGUGCUACAACCCCUCCGCCAACUCCAUCGUGGUGAAUAUCAUCAAGGCACGGAAUCUCAAAGCCAUGGACAUCGGGGGCACAUCAGAUCCCUAUGUGAAGGUGUGGUUGAUGUACAAGGACAAGCGGGUGGAGAAGAAGAAGACGGUGGUGAUGAAGAGGUGCUUAAACCCUGUCUUCAACGAGUCCUUCUCCUUUGACAUCCCCACGGAGCGACUGCGUGAGACCACCAUUGUCAUCACCGUCAUGGACAAGGACAGGCUGAGCCGCAACGAUGUCAUUGGCAAGAUCUACCUGUCCUGGAAGAGUGGCCCUGGUGAGGUGAAGCACUGGAAGGACAUGAUUGCACGGCCCCGGCAGGCGGUGGCUCAGUGGCACCAGCUGAAAGCCUGAACCUCCAAGUGUUGGGGACGGUGCUGGGGACGAUGCUGGGGACAUCCCUGUCCUCAUGUCCCUGCUGCAAGGCAGGACUUGUGCGAGUGCUUCCAGCCACAGUCCCCAGAGCCCUCAUCCCAGCGUCACCCCACAUUUUGGGAGGCUGCUGGAGUAAUGGAGGGGGGGGGGGGGUGGUCCAAGCCAAGCUCUCCCCCUUCCCACUCAACACAAGCUCUCCCAGCCGCCAGCGUCACCCCAGUGGGAUGAUGUCCCCACACCCUGCCCCGUCCCCACCCCGGGGACACCCGAGGGAUUGGAAGCCAUGCCGCGGUUCGUUUGCCAAAGCGGGAGCAUUCAUCACUGCCUCCGGUGGGGUUCGCUGCUUUCCCUCCCUCCUGGCUCAUCCCCUGCCCCCUUGCACCAUUCCACCACAUUGUGUCCGCCCUGGUGGGAGCACCUGGCAGGGUGUCCCCUCCUGGGCUGACAUGCACCACUUUCCUUGUGAGGAUGGAGCAGUGCCAUCAGAGCCAUCCCCGUUGUCAUUGUCCCCACUGGUGGCUUUGGGGGCUGACACAGUGUCAGCAGUGUCCAUAAGGUCCCUGGCACCUCCCCACUGUCACUGUGUUGGACAUCACUGAUGCUGGGUACCGAUGGGGUGGGUGCCAUAGGAGCGCAGAUGGCACUGCUUGCUGUCCCUCCAAGGGCUCCCUGCUCUGCUGGGUGUCAGGGGUAAGGCAGUCAGCGGGUGUCCCCAGAGUCCCUUGGGUACACCGCAAAGCUCUCCAGCAGGGCACGGGCCAUCCCCUGCCCACCUGGGGACACCAUGGGGACUCUGCACCCCCAGUCUUCCUGCUGCCACCUGGCACUUGUCCCCACAGAUGGGACAUCCCCAUGGUCGGGACAUCCCCAGGAUGGGACAUCCUCAUGGUUGGGACCUUCCCGUGAGCCUCAGUAGGAGUUCAUUCAUCAUGUGGGGGACCCCGUGCCAAACCCAAGAGCAGCCAUCACAGGGGUGCUGCCCUUCCAAGUGGCCCUGGGGACACAGUGGCACCAUCCUACCCACAGUCCACCGGAGAGCCCCAUUAGGCCAUUAUGGACAAUCUGGAGUGAAGUCAUAAUUCUGUUACGACAGUAAUAAUAGUAAUAAUAAUAAUGAUGAUGACGACGAUGCUUUUAGGGACAUUUGUAUUUUUACAACAUCCUCUCUUUUUUUAACCUAACGGAGGAGAGCCACGCACCCGGGGAAGGGCCGCACUGAGCUGAGGGGUGAGGGGUUCCCAAAGCAGGGAGUGGGGCAGGGUGCCCACAUCCCCCCCCCCUACCCCACCCCCCAUCAUCUCGGGACCGUGUGUUCAUUUUUAACUCUAGAGCUCUUAGCCGUGGUCUUGUUCAGGUCUUUCUCUCUCUCUCUCUCUCUUCUUUCAUGUGAUGGUAACAUCCAACUGGUGUGUAAAAUACAAACAAACAACCAAAAACACACACACA